AUGAGUGGCAAACGAACGCCUGGGGAUUAUGUUUUUCUUGAACAAUUGGGUCAGGGUUCGUACUCAACAGUUUUCCGGGCUGUAGAGCGUACCAAUGGUGGUAGAAACUAUGCAAUCAAAGUGUGUGGGAAAAAGCACAUCAUUAGAGAGAAAAAGGUCAAAUACGUCACCAUCGAGAAGGAUCUACUGAACAAUCUGGCACGAGGUGGGCAUCCUGGCAUCGUGAGACUAUUCUGCACCUUCCAUGAUGCAGAAAAUUUAUAUUUCGUGCUAGAAUACGUGAGCGGGGGAGAGCUCUUGUCGUUGCUUCGCAGAAACGGUCCUUUGCCAGAGAGUUGGUCCAAGCAUUUGUUUGCGCAGCUGGUAGAUACGGUGGACUACAUGCAUGCGCAAGGCGUAAUCCAUCGUGACUUAAAGCCCGAAAAUGUAUUGCUAUCACAAGAGGGCAGAAUUGUAAUUACAGACUUUGGAGCUGCUUGUGCGCUUUCAAAUUCGGCACAAGAUCGCGCGGCAUCUUUCGUGGGAACUGCAGAGUAUGUCGCUCCAGAACUUCUGCUGUACAGCCAAUGUGGCCUAGGUUCUGAUGUAUGGGCUCUAGGAUGCAUCUUGUAUCAAUUGACUCAAGGAGCUCCUCCCUUUCGAGGUGAAAAUGAGUUAAAAACAUUCGAGCAGAUCGUGGCAUUAGACUAUAAGUGGAAGAUACCCACGACACCCCAAAUUACAGCUUUAGUACGAAAUAUUUUGGUACUAGACCCCAUGCAGAGACCGAGUUCCAAGCAAUUGAAGCAAAAUUCAUGGUUUUCCUCCAUUGAUUGGAAUGACAGGGCUACUCUAUGGAAAGGAAUCUGGGAGCUACCUGAAAGAGCAAAGAACGAACAGUUCACCCUCCGCAGGCGCUCCCCAACACAAAGCGCUUCCCCUGCUAUCGAAACACCUAUGAGCGGCGUUAGAGUGACCAGGAGAAAACCAGCAGCCGCAAAAAGUACAAGCGCCAUUGUUGAAUGGAGAAAACAACUAGGAUUGGGUUCUCUGCCGUCACCUCCUCCCUCUGCUGGAAAUUUAGCAUUUACACCCAAAAGUCAGGUUCCUUCUUCGCAUCUGCCCCGACCUAAGUCUACCGAUAUUGUCCAAUCAUCUCCACAACCAUCACCAUCAUCAUCAUCAUCAUCCUCAGCUCCUUCGAUUGCUAUUGCCAGUACACCUCUCAUCAAAAGAGAUAUCGUUAGCAUUUUAGAGAUACCAUUCAAUGCUUCCGAAGGUUCCAUUUCUCUCAAUAGCUACUCUAAUGUGCAUGAUUCUAUUAUUACGGAGUUUGUGGCUCGUAAUAAGAGUGCUAUUUUGGAGCGAUCUUUAAAUUGCAUCAUGGCCUUAGACGUUAAAGGACAGCUUUCAAGCCAAGGCCCGCGCCAGCCAGUUAGAAACAUGGUUUCUGUCUCGGAUCCAGAUCUUUCUAUGUAUGAUUUUGAGUUUGACGAAACAAAUAAUUCAGGAUUCCUAAUACUUGAGAAAUACAAAUCAAAGCUAUGGUUUCUAUCCGCGGCGUUAUUAGAGCAUGGCUAUCCAAUGAACUUCCGGCCACUGAAUAAAGAUAAAUCUUGGAUCGACAGUUUCUUCACUGCAAGAAAAAUAGUUACUGAUGCGGAGGGAGCUCAAAAAACAAGGUUGCGCCCUGCUAGUUCAUCAAGCACAGUUUCUACCGGCUCCUCAACUAAUCCUGCAAAGGCAAAACCCAAAACAAGCAAGCAUACACCUUCAAAAAUGCUUGUCAGUUCAAGUAGAUACGAGGUACUUCACGCGUUGUCCAGUUCGGGUAUGAAAAGUGGCGACGCUACGAGGGGCGCAAGUGCUGCUUUUAACAGCCUGCGGAAAAGAUAG